AUGAAGGUUUCCGCAGUCCUAACUACCUUGAUGGCCGCCGGCCUGGUUGCUGGCGCUCCUCCUGCCCCAGUCCCCUCCGAUCUCUCGUCUCUCCCACCACCUCCACCCCCCACUGGCACUGAGAUCCCGCCUCCCAAGGGCACAGAUGAUGGUCAGAAGCGUGACCAGCUACCUACCGGCACAGAGCUGCCCCCGCCUCCUCCUAGCGGUACUGAACUGCCUCCUCCACCCAAGGACGGCAAGGACAAGCGUGAUGAGCGUCCCACUGGCACCGAGAUUCCUCCGCCACCACCCAGUGGUACAGGACUGCCACCCCUAAACUCGGACGGACCUCCUCCUCCCAAGCCCACAUCUGAUGGCAAUGAGAAGCGGGACGAGCGUCCCACCGGCACGGAGAUUCCACCUCCUCCACCAAGCUCGGAUGUUCCUCCCCCUCCUAAGCCUACCGAGGAUGGAAAUGAGAAGCGUGACGAGCAACCAAAGGGUACUGAUAUUCCCCCUCCUCCUCCUUCCGGAUCUGCUCCUCCCCCUCCUCCUUCUGGCAGUGCUCCUCCUCCUAAGCCUACCGAGGAUGGACGCGAGAAGCGUGAUGAGGAGCCCAAGGGUACUGAUGUCCCUCCUCCCCCUUCUGGAUCUGCUCCGCCUCCUCCCCCCGCCGGCACUGCUCCCCCUCCCAAGCCCACCGAUGCUUAA